AUGAAUACUUUCCGCGAACAGAUGGCAGGCGUCGAGUUCCACAUCGCCACAGCCAGCAGCGAGCCAAUGCAUGGCGCUUUACAACUGCAACACUCCGCGAUCAAGGAGCGUGAGUAUCUGCCCGAUCUAGGCAAUCUGGGCUCCCAACCAAUCGAUAAAAUACCACCACUACCCGACGCCGCGCUCACUAACGGGGAUCGACUUUCCCAGACUCGAUGGGUUAGCCGCAUACCAGGCGAUAGUCGCUGGCAAGAGAAAGAAGACGACGAAGGUUCAGACACCACCAUGAGCUCAGAAGACGAGGAACAGGCCGCGGCGACGAAGCAGGAUCGGUACAUGGUCACAGUGGAAAACAAGCAGUACCUGCUGCACGAUUACCUGGGCGACGAACGCGAUGCCCUCAUUGCCGCUACACACAAGCUGAACGAUCUGACAUUCGAAGACCCUCCGCAUUCGAUUCGCAAGCGAUACAAUUGGCAGAAGACCGGCGUCGCAAUGCAACGGAAGGCUCGAGAGACGGGUGGCGGAUCCAUGUGCAUCGACGAGAUGGGUAAGUAG